UAAGUACACAUCUUUUGAUUGCUCUGCUUACAAUUUUACCACACCUGUAGUAUGUCAUCUUCCCUUAUCGCUAUUAUUUUUUCACGAUUUCACGAUUUCUUGCUUUUGGAAUCUCGUAUUGCAUUUAUCUCAGCAGAAUCCCAUAAUAUAAAGACUAUGGAUAAGACAUAUUCUGCAAGCUAGCAGAUAUGACUCGGCAGCAGCUAAUAUGCUUCGUCGCAUAGUUAUCCUGGGCCGGAAGGCCGGUGAAGAACGGCAGACGGAAGCUAUGUCGCCAUCACCAGGAGAUGAUGCCCCGUCGCCCCAGGAUUCUAAGAACAUUGGCGGCCUGGCGAGCGUCUUUAAGGGCCUCGCCGGUGCCGCCAAGUUAACCAAAUCCCCUCCCGCUCCCGCUCAACCGUCCGGUGCCCCUAUCAAUGCGCAAAUUGCCGAACGUCUAAACGCUACACCGACCAUCCUCCGCGGUUUACCACCACAGCAUACCGAAUCUUUCGACUUACUUAAGAAUGGGUCUAUGAACGAACGAGUUGCCGCGGCUAGUACGUUGCGUAUUGCUGUUGCAGACUAUCCUCUCAAUCCCGUCUUGGACAUCUGGUACGCAGCCAAAGACUUGGUAGACCCUACCAAUUCCAGGAUUACUCGACAUGCCGGCUGGGAGCUCCUAAGAGAAUGCGUGAAACAUGCUUCUUCCACAGACCUCGAACGCAACGAGUACUUCCAAACUAUAUCCGCCGAUGCCAACCCGGACGAUUUCCACUUGCAACUAGCCGCUCUAGUUGAUUUAACGAACCACGGCCGCAAUCUGUCUGGAUUUGAUUACGAUGUUUUCCCGCUUUUAUCAAAGUGGCUUGUGGAAGCUUUUGAGGCAGUGCGAUCGGCAAGAGGUGCUGCGAAAAAGCAAGGUUCGCGGCUGAAGGGAAAGGCGUUGGCUACUGGUGAAGACAGAAACUUCUCUGAUCUGUUCGGCUUCACAAAUGACGUGAUCAAGUUUAAUUUUAACGUUGCCGAUGACGAAGCUGCCGAAGUUCUAAUCGAGAGACUGUUGCAAAUUUGCAUGAACACCAGCGUGGAGGACGACCUACAGGCUUGCAUUGGCGUUAUGGAUGCUAUUGUGACCUUUGGGGCAAUCCCUGCGGACAAGUUAAAGAGCUGUGUUCAUGUUCUAUGCUCUAUACACUGUCUCGUUCCCAGUCUCCAGAGAGACGCAUGGCAUACAAUUGGCAUUUUAUGCCGAUCCCAUAACGGACAUACUACUGUAAGGCUACUUCUUGAUGUUCUGACAAGCCUUCCAGCGAAUGCAGACAAGAAAAAGGAGAUCGUUCGAGAAGUAAGGGGCGCUCUAUCAGUUCUUAACAAACUUGUGUCGAAGAGCUCCGAAAAGGGGUACCCCGCAGUUCCUUAUGCUCUUUUGGUCGAUGGCUUGUCUACCGUAGUCAAGGCUACAUCUGCUUGGAAAAUACAUCUCGAUAUAUUACGAUUGACGAAUUCCCUAUUCUGCGAUAUCCAAGGAAAUAUUAAUAACAUGUUGAUUGAUGAAGACUGGACACCAAUAUUUGACGUUGCGGCUGUUUGUUCCGAGGCUGUUAUCACGACCCUCUCAAAAGCUGAGAUUUCUAUCCAAUCACUCCUAGACCCAGAAGAGACGGACUCCGCCGAGGGGAUGCUUGCCCGAGAGUUGACAAGGCUAAUACGUCGACUCGAAAGCAUACUACUAGAUGAACCCAUCAAUACCGCCCAGAAACCGGAGAGUAUCCUUCUAGAUACAUCUGACAUUAGUACUCAGAAGCCGGAAAGUUUGCUUCCGGAGCAACCUAAUACGCUUAUUCAAAGACAGGAUUGCAUUAUCUUUUUUACUAAGAUCCAUCACGCUCUUCCUGACUCAGCAGCCAUGCUAGUUCUUGAGCACUUCAAGAAAUUCCGGUGUUGUUCCCCGUCGGAUGUUUUGUGGGAAGCAAACUUGAGCCUAGUUUUGGAUGCGUUCCUAGCAGACAGAAAACGGUCGACCGAUGUUCGCAUACGUGCUCUGCAAGCUUUCACGGAGGUUUAUGACAUGAUCGAGCUUAUUAACGAUCAGUUCGAGCCCAAUUUCAUACCAGACUUGGUUGAGCGACUGUUAGCGAAUGUAGUAGGUGAGACAGAUAUCGGGUUGUUGCAAGAGGUUGUAUCGUUUGCUGCCACCGUUGCUAGCACGGCGAGUUUCGUUCUUUUUUGCUACAUUGUCGAUACGCUCAGGGGUAUCAUAGGGAAUGGCCGGUUACGUUCACCUAAUUCUUCGCAUUCUCGUGCUUCGGAGCCACCUCCGGCUUUUCAACGCCCUAAACCGAAUUUCAGCCAAACUCCGACCAACGUGGUUGUAAGAGGAUAUGUACAAAUGUUUCUGCGUGUUCUAAACUACGACGCCGAGAAAUCACUACGGUUAUUUUACAUUCUCGUAUCAAUAGCCGAGUCGCCUAAUAGCGAGACAGACGCCCGAGUUACCGCGAUGCAGUUGCUCUUUCGAUUAAGAGCCGAUUGGGCCAAUCGUAUUUUCGUCACUGCGCAUACCGAAACGGGUAAUCUGGCUGCCUCUCUAUACCGAACCGAAGAAUCAGUAGCGCGCAAGAUGGCGGAAGAGGCGUCGUAUCCUGGGAGAGUUUCGAGAAGUGAGACUACUGGAUCCGCCCGCUCAUCGCGCGGCGUCUCUCUUGGACAAGGUCAGGUGCUAGACCGAAGUCAUUCGCUAAGGGUAGCAAGCGGCGGUAGGCACAACGCAAGCGCGAGUCAACUACUGUGGGUGGCUUCUGAUGCGGACGCCUUACCUGAGGCUCCAUCUCAAGCUGCAAGCACUGUGCUCUACUGUGGCGCCUCCGAUGAUAGCAUCGAAGAAGAUGGUAUGGUGCAAGCUACAGUCCUACAGACCGGAAUCUGGCUUGAGACAAUUUUGAACCUACUACGGCAAGGCUGUGACUGGGAGGUCUACAGCUUCAUUCUGGUCCACUUACCUUCACAACUGAGCAACCACGCCAUUUUCAGAAAUGCUGUGCCACAAAUCCAAGACUUGAGACGAACAAUUUGCGAUCAAAUAAAAAUGAAUAACAUCCAGGAACCUCCCAGCACACACGGAUUGCGCAAAGCAGAUGUUGCGAUCUGCCUAUUCCAUAUUCUAACCAUGAUCCUCAGCUAUCAUCAAUACUUUCAAAAGGCAGAGGAGGACGAGAUUGUUCGGACGUUUGUGCAUGGUAUAGCAACGUGGGAGCGGAGUGCAAAGUGUUGCAUACAUGCACUUACGAUCUGCUGUCACGAACUCCCCUCCUCUACAAGCAAAGCUCUAGUUACAAUACUGCAAAGGAUGGCGCAAAUCAUCACCCAGCCAAACGUAGCUAUGCAUAUUCUAGAGUUUCUAGCUUGCUUAAGCAGACUACCUUCCUUGUACGCCAACUUCCGAGAGGACGAGUAUCGAAUUGUUUUCGGGAUUUCUUUCCGAUAUUUACAAUACGUCCGUGGAAGAAAACAAACGUAUAGGAUUAGUACCAUUAGCGAUUCUUCAGCGGCAGCAGCAGGCGAGAUCCAGUUCAACGCAAACGCAUUGGAUGAUCUACCUCAAUAUGUUUACACACUGGCGUACCACGUCAUCGUAUUCUGGUUUCUGGCUCUGAAGCUUCCUGAUCGUGCGAAUCAAGUUGGCUGGAUUGCGAAGAACAUGUUUACAGAUGUUGAUGGAUCUCAAGUCUCAGACGAGCAGGCACAUCUUACGAUGGACUUCAUGCAGAGAGUCACGUACGCUGAUGUGGAUGAAUCUGCGGCAGAUCCAUUAUUCACUGCUGAUAGAUUCGGGGAAAUACUUACCAAGAGAUGGUUGAUUGGGAAUAGCAUCGUGACAGUUGAGCAAGCGGUUACGACAGGCUGGGCUCAAAUAACGAAGAGACAGCCGUCUGGGACUUCUUCCUACACAAUCCGUGAGCUCUUUCGACCACCUGCAGCCCACCAGCGGCCCGCGAGUGAGAACGCAAGGGAUGGACAUGCUGCACCUCCAAAUAGUGUUCUACCAAAUCAUUUGCUGGUGCAGCUACUAUCCUCAAUGCCCCAAGGCAGCGAUCUUUCACGGCCCAUCCCCUUACCUGACGAUGAUGCUGUUGACAGGGCUAUCAGAAUGUUCGAUCACAAUUCGACGGUGGACGGCCACAAGGUGGGCGUGAUAUACAUUGGAGAGAACCAGACGAAGGAAUCUGAAAUUCUAGCCAAUGUCACUGGGAGCGGGGACUACGUGGAAUUUCUAAAUGGCCUCGGCACGUUGACCAAGCUCAAUGGUGCCACAUUCAACACCCAAGGUUUAGACCGGCAAUAUGACAGUGAUGGACAGUACACAUUCUGUUGGAGGGACCGGGUGACGGAACUCGUGUUCCACGUCACUACGCAAAUGCCAACGAACUUGGACCAUGACCCGCUGUGUACUUUGAAGAAGCGCCACAUUGGAAACGAUUUUGUCAAUGUCAUUUUUAAUGAUUCCGGCUUGCCUUUCAGAUUUGACACCUUCCCAUCCGAGUUCAAUUUCGUCAACAUUGUGAUUACUCCGGAAUCACGUGCUUCGUUCGUUGCUACUAGGCAGAGAACGCCGAAAGACGUGGAAGGAUCGUUCUAUAAAGUACGGCUCAUGAGUAAACCUGGCUUCCCCGAGAUUUCCCCCGCUUCCGAAACCAAGAUUGUGAGUCUGAAAGCCUUGCCCGACUUCAUCCGGCUUCUGGCACUUAAUGCAUCAGUGUUUUCGUUGGUGUGGGCUCAUCGGGAGGGUGGUGAGCAUGUGUCAGCUUGGCGCAAUCGAUUUAGGGAAAUCAAGAGGCUUCGUGAAAAGUACGGCCCAAAGGUGACGCCCCAUGGGCCGACGCCUUCGCCACCAGGAACUUCUCUAGGUCAUAAUGCCCCUAUUUUGACUAGUAGCGCUGCACAGUUGGAGGCAGCCAGGUCGGGUAACACGGUUCGGGAUAGCUUCAGCAGCCUCAGGCGAUCUUCUGUUGCCACUUUCUUCACCGCUUCGAGCGAACAGAAUUCUCACCGCUCAUCAAUGCUAUCUACUGCGACGACAGAUACCGAAGUCAUGACGGCUAACGGAUUAGAUGCGCUAGUAGAAAGCCUCGACUUCUCUAAAUGGUCGGCGUAAAAGGUGUUGCAUUACAUUACCUACCUAGGAAAACCAAUUUUUGGGUCUUUCUGGUUUCCUUUCUCAUCUUUUUUCCUUGGGAGGUCAUGCAUAUACGAUUGUUUACGAAAAAAAAGUUACGGUUUAGGAGGCUUCUUGAUGAGAACCAAAAAAAGCAUGGCGUCUGGGCUGGUUGGGAGGAUACCACUGAAAGUUGUUUGUUUAAAAGAUUUUGGCCCCCUUUACCUCCUUUACAAUCACUCGCCCUUCACUUCUGAAUGAACAUAUUACUGUCAAUAUCCGAACUGUAUCUAGAUGGUUUGGUUUACGGAGGGCAAGAAAAGAAAUACUUCCUCAUCCACAAACACCAACAGAAAAAAUAACUUAUCCUGUAAGUGGUAGUGGUGGUGAUGGUAAGUGGUGAGAUGUAUCUCUAGGUACGCAUAAAAAAAGGAAGGGGGGAAGGGGUGGUAGAAGGAGGUUUUCAAAAAAUGGAUUCCUACUUACCUAAGGUUAGGUACUUGUCUUACGGCGCCGCUCGUGUUACUUACUAUAAAGAGAUCCCCCGGCACGCUGCCGCUAAAUAUAUAUAUAUAUAUUCUUUUUUUGUUGGAUAUCAUUUUUCUUUUUUGGCACCCCGCCCCUUAAAAGGCCAUGUCGUCUUGUAUGUGUGUACCUACCUAGGGUAGAUAGGUAGGUAGGUAUUCUGUCUCCCCUCUUAAUAAAGAGAAAAUAUAUUAAAUUUUAUGUUUCAA